AUGCAGUUACCAUUUGGUACCAUCAUCUUUUCCGCAAUUUUAUCGUUGGGAAAUAGUGUAGUUUAUUUGAGAAGCAGAAGUUUGCGUGGUCCCAGGACGUGGAACAGUGGUGUUGAAUGCAUAAAGAAUAUUGCAAGUUUCUACUUCACUGAAAAUCGGAUACUACGAACAAAAUCCAUUUCCCUAGUUCACAUGACUAAUCUCACAAGCCCAGCACGUGAAAUUGAUGUGUCAUUUGCCGAAAUUGUGAAUAAUUUGGUUGAAAAAGAAUUCUUCAAAGAGAGCCUCAUUCGAAUUGCAACAGAUUCUGAUGAACGUGCAGAAAAUUUCAAUGAAAAUUCCUUCAAACCAAUUACACCUUCUGAUUACUAUAUCCUGAUCACGGACAGUCAUGAGAAACGGCUUGAUUCCUGCCAUGACGGAAAAAUCCGUGGUUUAGCGGCACUUCAAGAACAAGCCCUAGAGACAACCACUAUGACUCUAAAUGAUUGUAACUUGAGGAUCUGUUGUCAGGUGUCCCCGCCUUUUGUCGACGAAGAAUGCGAAACGGGAAUCGAAUUGGCUCUCAUCCGGGUAAUCUGGGAUCAAAUGAAGUUCGAUCCUGAGAUCGUCUGUACAAACAUGAGUCGCGGAGAUAUAGAAGAUGGGGUAGCUACAGAUCUACUAAAUGAACUAGUAGAGAGAAGAUGUGACCUUUUGAUUGGAUCCUUCUUCCCUGACAACGAUCUCGAAGAUUUUGGUCAAUCGGUAACCUAUAUGGAGGACAGUUAUACUUGGUAUGCUCCGCUAGCUGAAUACAGAGCUCCAUGGAAGAGUCUCCUGGUGAUUUUCCUAUACAGUACAUGGCUACUGUUAAUUUUCUCACUAAUCUGGGCUGGAUCUAUGUGGUAUGUCUUGGGUAGGUUUUCCCAUCGUGAAAACCACCACCACAAAUUGUACAUCCUAUGCCUUCUAAAUGCUUGGCAAGUGCUAAUUGGGAUCAGUACCAACAAUCGUCCAAAUCACAUGCCACUUAGGCUCCUCUUCAUCAGUAUCGCACUCUAUGGACUAAAUAUAGCCACCAUCUAUACUUCAAAACUCAUCACGGUCUUCACGAAUCCCAUCUUCGAUGAUCAGAUUGAUACCAGAGAGAAGAUUCUGAUCUCUGGGCUACCCUUUGGUGGUCGCGCUGAGUAUCACGAUUGGUUCGACAAUGGAGAUGAAACUGACAAAGUUGUACUUAAAAGAUUCAACAUAUCUGCAGAUUUUCAACCAACUACUGAGAGUCUAGUGCGCGUAAGAGAAGGGAAACAAAUUCUCUUGGCAAACCGGAUGUUUGUCCUCAGUAACAAUUACAAUGAUUUAAUUUUUGGUUUUCGCGACAAUGUAUUUUCGAACCCUAUGGAAAUUAUAACUACAAAAGGAUUUCCUUUGCUGCUCGAUUUCAACAACAUCAUUAGCAUACUGAAAGACAAUGGCAUCACAUUCAAGCUCUACAACGAUUUUAUGUACAACAUCACAAUUCUGGCCCGCAUGAGGACAACUAAUAACGAGGAAAUAGAUACUGUCUUGACGAUGAAGCACCUUCAGGGACCAUUCAUCAUUCUCUUGUACGGCUACAUCCUCAGUAUAAUUGUCUUUUGUGGUGAACUGAUCCGUCACAGAUGGUUCUCAAAAUGA